AUGGCUGCCGGGCGGGCCAUUCAUCAGCUGCUGAGGAAGAAGCUCCAGUCACAUUCAUCUGUAAGAAAUAUUUUUCCUCCCUUUCUGUCCUCUCUCAUCUGCUCCGUUUGUUUCGAUUUUGUUUUUUUUUUUCGUCGCAUCCGUGAACAACCCUAGAAUCGGAUAUUCGACCAUAAAAAUGAGUUAGACUAUUGAGCGAAGGGACAGUCAGUUGAAUUUUGCCUCAAACUAAUUGUGAUACGAUCUCGUAAUUGAAGCAUUGAAUUGUGUCCUCUUUAAUAGCUUUUCACUGUGAUAUUGCGGCUCGGCUUAGGAAACACGUUGGCUUUGGUAUUUUAUUAAUACAUAUCUGAGACGUUAAAUCAGGGCUUUUAUCGUUUUUAUAGGAGAUAAGGUUGAUUGACGCGUAUAGUUCUGUAUUUUUUUUAGAUUUUUGCUGAUGUAUUUAUUAAUGGAUUGUAGUAAGAAACACUGACAUUUCUGGUUCUAAAUUAGAAUAUGCUGCGAUCCCGCGAAUUUGGCAUUAUGGCUGUAGAAAUAGAAAUCUAGUAAUCUCUUCUUAAGAUAAAAAAAAGGAAGGUAAUGCUUGCUAUCUCCCGUGACUUGAUCUCUAUUUCUCUCCCCUCUGUACUAGCGGUAUGUAUUAAGCAGACAUAUUUCUGGGGGAGAUAGGGUUUCAGAGGCCAUCAUUUAAAAGGCAUGGGAAUGCUUCUGCUCUCCAAGAGGUGAAGGGAAUUAAUUACUGAAGAGACCUGACAAAGUACUCGUUUUGGUACGAAGUGCGGAUGUACAAAGUGAUGGAGCAUUCAAGGUAGUGGGAUAUUACGGGGUCAUAAAUUAUUGACGCUUCAUUUCCGACUGAAGAGAUGCAUGCUCCAGUUGUUAUCUGGGAUUCUUAAAUUUAGAAAAGUAGAUGAUUACCUUUUUUUCUUGAUAUGCUGGUUAGGAAGGACCACUUAAAGGCGAAGAAUUUCUUAGAUGAUCAGGAGGAAAAUGUUUAAGAGGAUAAGACAAAAGCAGCUGAGAAUGUAUGUUACUCAAAGUCAUGGAGACUAUGGGGAAACUAGAGGACAUGAAGAGACUCACAGCGCUCUUCUGGUGCUCAGAUGGUCUGGUAAUGGAUGCACAAGACGAAGACGUUGAGAAUGAUCUGAAUUAUUCGGUUUCACUUUGAAUGUUUGAAGCAGAAGUUAGAAUGGUAACUUCUUACUAGGAUAGCACAAGGAAAGGGCGUAUCUGCCACCUUAGAAGACAAAGAGAACUUAUGAAUAUUGGAAGUAGUUGUAUCUGCUUUUUUCGGGGUGGAUUCCUAACAGAAACGACAAAUUUAAUAUAUGAAAAUAUUCAAUUUGUGAACUGGUUUGGAAUGGAGAUAUGGAGGGAACAUUCUUGGGGAAAAAACAUGUGUAUUCAACCUGAGUUUGUUGGAAUUUCUAAGGCGAGGUUCAUCAGCAUACUCAUCUAUGUUUUCUGAAUAAUAUUUUUUGAAGAUAAACUUUCAUAUGCUAUGAUUUGUUUACGGGGGACAAAAAUCUGGCGCAGAAGAUGGCAAUCUAAUGAAUGGUCCAUGGAGUAGGUCAGUGAUCUAGACGAGCAUAAAGGUCUUUUUUAUAGGCGAUGAUCUUUAUUUUAUGCCAUCGUUUGAUGCAUUAAUAUUAACGGUUUUAUACUGAAAUUAGAAAAGUGUGAUGAUUUGUUAAAGUUUGGUCGACUUUUCUCAAGUUGACAAACUGGGAAGGUACUGUGAUAUCAUUGUAUCCUUAUUUCUGGGGACUUGUCUAGUAAUUUAAACAAGAUUAUAUUGGGCUAUAGUUAUCGGAUCAAAACAUAUUACUCUAUAUUAAGAAGGAAAGAGGUGGCGUAUAUUUCCUGACAUGAAAUUUUCACGUUUAUCUCACAACUUUCGGUGUAUAUUGUUCUGCAGGUUCCACCAAUGCUCUCAUCCUUUGUGCUGAAACAGGAUCAAGAAGCUUUUGGAUCUGCAGGAAUGAAAUCUUUUAGGGCAUUGGCACUCCUUGGAGCUGGUCUUUCUGGUAUAUUAAGCUUUGGAACAAUUGCAUCAGCUGACGAAGCAGAGCAUGGGUUAGCAUGCCCAAACUACCCAUGGCCCCACCAGGGCAUCCUCAGUUCCUAUGAUCAUGCAUCGUGAGUAAUUGAUUCCUUGAUCAACACAUAGUGGCAUCACCAGCCUUCUUUUUCCGCCUUUAAUGCAGAAUGUUACCAUUUAAUAGGGAUUGCAGGGCAAUUUUUUCUUUGCAUUAUUAUUAAGGCAUGAUGAAACAUAGUUCAUCUGCCUUUGUUUCUGUUUGUAAAUUUUCCCAAAUUAUGUGUUAUAAAUUAUGAAUAACUAUGCUAUGAUUCAUCAUCAGAAUCCGCCGUGGUCACCAAGUUUAUCAACAAGUUUGUGCUUCUUGCCACUCGAUGUCCUUGAUUUCAUUCCGUGAUCUUGUGGGUGUUGCAUUCACUGAAGACGAAGCUAAGGCUAUGGCUUCUGAGAUUGAGGUGGUUGAUGGGCCAAAUGACGAAGGUGAAAUGUUUACUCGGCCUGGCAAGUUAAGUGAUCGCUUCCCUCAGCCAUAUGGUAAUGAACAGGCAGCGCGAUUUGCUAAUGGUGGUGCAUAUCCUCCAGAUCUUAGUCUUAUUACAAAGGUGAGCCUGCUAGGUUUUAGCCUUAGGCUUUGGUUCUGUUGCCAAAUUUGACUCUUUUUCCUUUCAUAUUUUCAGGCACGCCACAAUGGCCAAAACUAUGUGUUCUCCCUUCUCACUGGAUACCGCGAACCCCCAGCAGGAGUUUCAGUGAGUCAUCUUCUCAGAUUUUUCUUUUGAUUGUGGAAGAAUAUAAUCUCUGGCAACCCAAAGGAAAAGGGAUUAAAUGAUCAUCUCAUUAUAUUGCAGUUUUUUUUCUUUUCUUCUGCCCUUUCUCUCUUUUUCAUGUGUAUUUUCUAUAUAUAUCUAAGUUUGUUGAUGAUUAAUCACCUAUUUGGCAUAACGUUGAAAGUUGGUCAUUCAUCUUUGGACCCCCCCAAUCGAUCAUCUCUCUAGAUUUAAUGAUGAUCAGAUAUUAUGAAGGGAGGUGGGGGGUAUCCUAGAGGUCCGUCCAAUAGUUUCCUCCCCUUUCUGAUUGGCCACAUUAGUGAGAGAAACUUAUGCUCUUGUGGUAAUUCUGAAACUUAUGCUAUAGAGAGAGAAAAUAUGUUCGCAUUGCCUUUCCUUUAAUGUUCAUGAUUAUACUAAUUGGGUUGUGGUUGAUCCGUAAAUGAAGAUCCGAGAGGGCCUGCACUACAAUCCCUACUUCCCUGGCGGCGCCAUUGCCAUGCCAAAGAUGCUCAUUGACGGCGCCAUCGAGUAUGAAGAUGGCACCCCAGCGACCGAGUCCCAGGUCCCUGCCUUUCUCUCUCUGUCUCUCUCUCUCUCUCUCUCUCUCUCUCUCUCUCUCUCGCUAAGAAACCAUACUUACCUCAUGUGUUCUAACACUGGCUUCUUCCCCUUCGCGUGGCAUUCUAGAUGGGGAAAGAUGUGGUCACCUUCCUGUCGUGGGCGGCCGAGCCAGAGAUGGAGGAGAGGAAACUGGUAAAAACCAUUCACAGAACGUUUGAAAGAUCGUCCUCUUCGAUUCCCCAGCUUCCCAGGUUCAUUGCUGAUGCUGAGCUUUGUUGUUCUCAGAUGGGGUUCAAGUGGAUCUUCGUUCUCUCUCUUGCCCUUCUUCAAGCGGCUUACUACCGCCGCAUGAAGUGGUCGGUCCUCAAGUCCCGCAAGCUGAUCAUGGACGUGGUCAACUGA